AUAAUCACAAGUCAAAGUAAAGGGAGGGAAGAACAAAAGGCAACUACUGUUAGUAGUUAACAACUCCUUCUUUAUGCAUUUAUUCUCAUUAUUUGCAUGUUCUUCUCUUUUUAAUUUAGCCUACGCGCUUUGCUUUCACAUAAAGUUAUCUAGAUUAUAGAUACAUCAAAUUUUAAGAACCUCUUUGAUUCAUUAACUGUCAAAGACCAGUCACUACUCAAGAAAAGCAAUCAUGAGCUGCUUUGGCUGUUGCCCAGAAGAUGAUAUGCAAAAGACUGCUGAUAAUGGACCUAUGACAAAUCAUGCAGCAGGUAAUAAUGGAGCUUAUCGUGCCAGAGAGACAGUACCAAAAGACACACAGACAAUUGAUGUACAGCCUAUAAAUGUCUCCGCACUUCAAGUGGAUGAGUUGAAAGAUAUAACAGACAACUUUGGUACAAAGGCUUUAAUUGGUGAGGGAUCAUAUGGAAGAGUAUAUCACGGAGUCUUGAAAAAUGGACAGGCUGCAGCAAUAAAAAAAUUAGACUCCAGUAAGCAACCAGACCAAGAAUUCUUAGCACAGGUUUCUAUGGUAUCAAGGCUAAAGCAUGAUAAUGUUGUGGAGCUACUUGGCUAUUGUGUGGACGGAGGUCUUCGUGUGCUUGCCUAUGAGUUUGCUUCAAAUGGAUCCCUUCAUGAUAUUCUUCAUGGAAGAAAAGGUGUCAAAGAUGCUCAGCCAGGUCCAGUUCUGUCAUGGCCACAAAGAGUUAAGAUUGCUGUUGGGGCAGCGAAGGGACUUGAGUACUUACAUGAGAAGGCACAACCUCAUACUAUUCAUCGUAAUAUAAAGUCCAGCAAUGUUUUACUUUUUGAUGAUGAUGUAGCUAAGGUUGCCGACUUUGAUCUGUCAAAUCAAGCACCUGACAUGGCAGCACGUCUUCACUCUACUCGUGUUCUUGGAACUUUUGGUUAUCAUGCUCCUGAAUAUGCAAUGACUGGACAGCUGAGUUCAAAAAGUGAUGUAUACAGCUUUGGUGUGGUCCUACUUGAGCUCUUGACUGGUCGUAAACCUGUAGAUCAUACAUUACCGCGAGGGCAGCAGAGUCUAGUGACAUGGGCAACUCCAAGACUGAGUGAAGACAAGGUUAAGCAGUGUGUUGAUACAAGACUUAGCGGGGAAUACCCGCCCAAGGCAGUUGCCAAGAUGGCUGCAGUCGCUGCCCUGUGUGUACAAUACGAAGCUGAUUUCCGGCCAAACAUGAGUAUUGUUGUCAAGGCGCUCCAACCACUAUUAAAUGCUCGAGCUGGCCCUCCUAGUGCCUCCUAGUGAGCCAGUCACAUUACCAGAGCAUCCAUCCCGAAACUGUUUGUCCUGCUAAAACUGCAUCCGGACUCGUGUAUUCAUAGGUUCUUGUAAUGGAGGUACUUAUCCCGUACCUAGCGGCCUUGAAAAUAUAACAGAUUAUUUAAAUUCUUUUUGGUGCAAUGCACAAAACCAUUAUACAUAUGAACUGAGGAAGUGCUAGCGGUGUUGUAUUAUUUUUUAUACUCUUGUAAUCUUCUUGUUUCAAUCAAAUAUUUGCUAUUAUGUAA